UCCUCCUCCGUGUCAGUUGUUGGGCUGUAAUGGCGACUGGGCCGCCGCUGCUGAAGUGACUCCCGGGCGGGGGAGAGGGGCCAGACCUGCGCCAGACGGAACUGCAGAGAGCCGCAGCUCAGGGGUUGGCUUGCUGUGGGGGAGGGGAGGCAGCCUUUCCGUCUCUCCUUCCUUCUCUGCAGACCCGCGGAUCCCGGGAGCCGGUGCGAGGCGGGCACCCGGUGCGUCCCCGGAGCGGGGAGGCCAGGCCCGGCAGCCCUGGGGCCGGUCGGGGCGGCGUCACUGCACCCUCCGCCAGGCCCUGCGGGAUGCACCGUGGGAGCCGAGGGCGGAGGCGACACUCUCAGGUAAAUUGGCAAGAUGAGGAGCAGCAAAUCAAAAGAGGUGCCUUUACCAAAUACAAGGAACUCUCCAAGCAAGGAUACUGUUCAAGAUAUAACCACAUCGUGGGAUGCACUUUCUCAGACCAAGGCUGCUCUGAGACACAUUGAAAACAAAUUAGAAGUAGCCCCUACAAGUACAGCUGUGUUUGAUUCUGUCAUGGAUACCAAGAAAUCUUCUGCAAGUGCUACCCGAAAAAUAAGUAGGAAAGAUGGUAGAUACCUGGAUGAUUCUUGGGUUAAUGUUCCAACCUCCAAAUCUUCUAAAUCACGGAAAGAGAAAUCUCGUAGUCCUCUUAGAGCUACCACCCUGGAGAGUAAUGUAAAGAAAAAUAAUCGUGUGGAAUUUCGUGAACCUUUGGUUUCUUACAGGGAAAUCCAUGGCACACCUUCUAAUAUAAGUCCCAGCCAUUUAGAGUCAAAGCAUGUAUAUUGUGUGGAUGUUAAUGAAGAAAAGCCUGAGAGUGGAAACCAGAUGAUAUGCAAUCGAGGAGAAUGGAAUAUACGUUGCUGUGAUUUUGAGAGCUCCCAAUCAUCUGUCAUCAGUGAUACAGUUGUUAGGUUUUUAAAUGAUCGACCAGUAAUUGAUGCAUUGCAAAAUUCUGAAUGUUUGAUUAAAAUGGCAGCUCCUGUGAGAACUGAGGAAGAAAAGCCUAAUAGAGCAAAAGGAAGUGAGAACAAUUUGAAGACUUCUGUGAGUAACAUGGGCCAUGAUGUUGAUCCAAAAGUGUUACGGCUAACUGACUCUUCUCCAUCUUCUGCUAGUACUUCUAACUCCCAAAGAUUAGAUAUCUUAAAGCGGCGACAACAUGAUGUCAAACUGGAAAAACUCAAGGAACGGAUUAGGAAACAGUGGGAACACUCAGAAGAAACAAAUGGCCAGGUCCAGAAUCUGGGUCAUAUUGACCAUCCAGUAAUGGUUGUUAAUGUUGACAGCUCUGUGACAGCAAAAGUCAGGAAAGUGGCAACAGCACCACCUGCUCCAACAUAUAAAGGCUUCAAUCCUUCUGAGACCAAGAUUCGAACACCUGAUGGGAAAGUGUGGCAGGAGGCUGAGUUUCAAAACAUGAGUAGAGAACUGUAUCGAGACUUAGCGCUUCACUUUGCAGAUGAUAUCUCUAUGAAAGAGAAACCUGCUGAAAAAAGUAAAGAGAAGAAAGUGGUUAAGCCAGUACGAAAAGUCCAAAAGGUAACACAGUUAUCAAGUCCAGAAUGCAAAACAGGUAGCAGUCGUCUGAUAAGUACAUCUUCAUGGCGAGAUGGGCAAAAAUUAGUAAAGAAGAUUCUGGGACCUGCACCCAGAAUGGAGCAAAAAGAGCGAAGAACAGCGUCAAGUGACAGAAGUGGAAGAGAAAGAACUACUAAAUCUGGAGGUCAUAUUGGAAGAGCAGAAUCUGAUCCCAGGCUGGAUGUGUUACAUAGACAUCUUCCACGAAAUUCAGAACGUUCGAGAAGUAGAGUUCGGUCUGAAAAUAAUAUAAAGAAAUUAGCUCCAUCUCUUCCAGAUAAUAAACAGGAAGAAAAUCCUGCCUUAAAUAAGGACUUUUUACCUGUUGAAAUUCGUGGAAUUCUUGAUGACCUACAAUUGGAUUCUACAGCUCGGGCUACAAAGCAAGAGAUGGGAGAGUCACAAAAUCAGAAGUCAUCAGCACCAGUACAAGCUCCUAGGAGUCACAGCCCAGUAAAAAGAAAGCCUGAUAAAAUAACAGCUAAUGAAGAUCCCCCUGUUACUUCCAAAAAGCGCCACUAUGACACAGAUGAAGUGCGACAGUACAUUGUUAGGCAGCAGGAGGAAAGGAAAAGGAAGCAAAAUGAAGAGAAGAAGGCUCAAAAGGAGGCCACUGAGCAGAAGAACAAACGAUUACAGGAGCUCUACCGGAAGCAGAAAGAAGCCUUGGCUAAAGUGAAAAGUGUGCCUCCUGAGCCAUCAGCCACUAGGAGACUGCAGGAAACCUACUCCACAUUGCUACUAGAAAAGACCUUGCUCGAAGAGCCGACUCAUCAGCAUGUUACCCAGGAAACACAGACCAGACCAGGGUAUCAACCAUCUGGAGAAUCUGACAAAGAAAACAAAGUGCAGGAACGUCCCCCAAGUGCAUCUUCCAGUAGCGACAUGUCUCUGUCAGAACCUUCACAGCCUCUUGCAAGAAGGGACUUGAUGGAACCUACAUGGAUGCAGCCUGACAGAUUGAGCCCACGAGUCCACUAUUCUCAACCACAGCCUCAUGUUGGAACAGCUGGAAAUCUGCUCUCCCAUCUCUUGAGUCUAGAGCAUGUAGGAAUUUUGCAUAAGGAUUUUGAAUCUGUUUUACCAACCAGGAAGAAUCAAAAUAUGGCUUCAGGGCCAUUAACUUUUACACCUCAACCUUAUCUGACCUCACCAGCUCCUCAUCCAGAUGCCUUGUUAAAACCUAGUGCCAGCCAAUAUAAGAGUAAACUGGAUCGUAUUGAAGCCUUGAAAGCAACAGCUGCUUCUUUGUCCAGCAGGAUUGAAAGUGAAGCCAAGAAAUUAGCUGGGGCUAACAUUAAUUAUGGGUCAGUGUGGAACACUGACUAUGAUGUGCAGCAAACACCCCAAGAAGAUGGACCUUGGACCAAGGCUCUAAGUCCGCCUGUGAAAGAGGAUACUGAAGAUGUUUUCUCUGCCCGAAUUCAAAAGAUGCUGGGAACCUGUGUAUCUCAUGCAACUUUUGAUGAUGAUCUUCCUGGUGUAGGUAACCUUAGUGAAUUUAAAAAGCUUCCGGAGAUGAUAAGACCUCAUAGUGCCAUAUCAAGCUUCAGAAUGAGGUCCCCUGGUCCCAAACCAGAAGGGCUGCUGGCACAGUUGUGUAAGAGGCCGACUGACUCUUCUAGCUCUGAUAUGCAAGCUUGUUCUCAAGAUAAAGCCAAAGUGUCUCUUGGUUCUAGCACAGAUUCAGUCAGUGAGGGGCCUCUUCUUAGUGAAGGGAGUCUGUCUGAAGAAGAGGGGGGCCAGAAUGGACAGCCCCCUUUGAAAGUAGCAGAAAUCUUAAAAGAAAAGGAAUUCUGUGCUGGAGAAAGAAAUACUUAUGAACCCAUCAAAGAGUUUCAGAAGGAAGCUGAAAAAUUCCUGCCACUUUUUGGGCACAUAGGUGGCACACAAAGCAAAGGACCAUGGGAAGAAUUGGCAAAGGGAAGUCCACAUAGUGUCAUUAAUAUUUUUACAAAAUCAUAUCAAUUGUAUGGAAAAGGGAGUGAAGACAGGUUGGAAAGAGGAAUAUCAGCACUGCGGCCUUUGAAUGCCACCGCAACCCCUCUAAGCAGUGUUUCAUAUGAAGAUGAUUUUGUCUCCUCUCCAGGGAGUGGGACUUUGACAGAAAAAAAAUCAUCUCUUGAACAAAAUAUUGGUGGCAGCAAUGUAGGCAUUCCAGAGGACCAUUCUAGCAGAAAGUCUGCCUGUGAUCUCUCCUCUGUGGAUAUUACCUCCCAGCGUUCAUCAGGGGUCCAGUCUGCUACAUCGUCUCGUUCGUCUACUUCUUCUAAAGGAAAGAAAAGAAAAAAGGAAAAGACAGAGUGGCUGGAUUCACUCACUGGAAAUGUUCAGAACUCACUUCCUGAUGAGGAAAAAGUACACUCUGGCUCAGAACGUGGCUCUCUUCAAGGAAAGAAAUCUGGGACCAGUAGCAAAAUUUCUGUUAAAGGUUAUGAGGAGACUCUUGACACCGAUAGUACUUUGGAGGAUCUUUCUGGGCCUUCUUUAAGUGUCUCAUCAGACAAGGGAAGAUCUCAGAAAACUCCAACUUCUCCCCUAUCUCCAAGUUCCCAGAAAUUGUUGCCAUUUGACCUGCCAGGAACUUCAUUAGAAAGAUCUAAAUCCUCAGUAAUAAUGACUCCAACUGUAACAGGAUUUAAGCCUAAUGCAGCUUUUACUGAUAUGAACUUGGCUGCCAGCAGAACAAAUACAGAGAUGGCUUCAGCACCAGGUUCUAAGCGCUUUUCUCCUGCUGGCCUCCAGCAUCGUAUGGUAGCAGAACUCAGUUACUUGAGUGCCAUUGAGGAGUCGGUGCGCCAGCUAUCAGAUGUAGAAAGAGUUAGAGGCAUUUCGCUUGCUCAGCAGGAGAGUGUGUCUCUGGCUCAGAUCAUAAAGGCACAGCAGCAACGCCAUGAAAGAGACUUGGCCCUUUUGAAAUUAAAGGCUGAAAAAGAGGCUCUGGAGUGUCAGAGACAAUUAGAAGAAACCCGAAACAAAGCAGCUCAGGUCCAUGCGGAAUCAUUACAGCAGGUGGUUAAAUCACAACGGGAUGUGACUGAAGUCCUGCAGGAAGCAACUUGUAAAAUAGCUGCCCAGCAAACAGAGGCUGCUCGCCUCACCACAGAUGCAGCACGCCAGAUCUGUGAGAUGGCAGAGUUAACUCGAACUCAUAUCUCAGAUGCUGUCACUGCUUCAGGAGCUCCACUAGUAACACUGUAUGACCACCAGCGGCAACAUCCUCCCGACUUCGUGAAGCAACUGAGGACCAGAGCUGAAACAGAUAGGAAAAGUCAUUCUGUUUCACUGUCUCAGAGUAAAGAAGGGACCCUUGACUCAAAGCAUCGGAAGUAUUCCCCCUCAUAUGAUAGCUAUUCUGAGUCUUCAAGAUACAAGAAUCAUGAUAGAAGAAGUAGUAGUGGUAGCAGCCGUCAAGAAAGUCCUUCAGUUCUAUCUUCUAAGGAAAAUGAGAAGAAACUUCAUGGUGAAAAGAUGGAGAGUUCUAUUGAUGAACAGGUUCAGACUGCUGCAGAUGAUUCUCUGCGGAGUGAUAGUGUACCAUCUCUUCCCGAUGAGAAAGAUUCAACUUCUGUUGCAACAGAAUAUUCCCUGAAAUUUGAUGAGUCCAUGACAGAAGAUGAAAUAGAAGAAAAAUCGUUUCGAUCUUUAUUGCCUUCUGAGAGUCAUCGCAGAUUUAAUAUGGAAAAGAAAAGAGGCCAUCAUGAUGACUCUGAUGAAGAAACUUCCCCAGAAAAGACUACACUGUCUUCUGCCAAGGAGCUGAGCAUGCCAUUCUCAGGAGGACAAGACAGCUUUUCCAAAUUUACUAUGGAGAUGGUUCGACAGUAUAUGAAAGAAGAGGAAAUGAGGGCAGCUCACCAGUCUUCACUGCUGCGUCUCCGUGAAAAGGCCUUGAAGGAGAAAACUAAGGCUGAAUUGGCCUGGCUAGAGCAUCAGAAAAAACAUCUACGAGACAAAGGAGAAGAUGACAAAAUGCCCCCACUCCGAAAGAAACAGCGUGGUUUGCUCUUAAGGUUGCAGCAAGAAAAGGCAGAAAUCAAGCGUCUUCAGGAAGCCAAUAAGGCGGCUCGAAAGGAAAGACAACUGAUUCUUAAACAGCAGGAGGAGAUAGAAAGGAUCCGACAGACCACCAUAAAACUACAGGAGAAGUUAAAGUCUGCAGGAGAAAAUAAAUUGGACUCUCAUAGUGAUGAUGGUACAAAGGAUAAUAACGCAACCAGUCCUGGUCCAACUGACUUGGAGACCCGUAGUCCUUCCCCCAUUUCAAUCUCCAGCAGUGAAACCAGCAGCAUUAUGCAGAAACUGAAGAAAAUGAGAAGCCGCAUGGAUGAAAAACACUGCUCUCCUGUUCACUACUUCUUCUCUGUCUUUACGUCUCAUCACUGGGCCUCUCUCAGUGUCUGUUUUCCCAACCUUCAUCCCAAAUUCCAGCUGUAUAUCUACAACCAGUUGGUCAGGUUUCUGACAAAGCGAGAGCAAAAACUAAUGCAACGGCGACAACAUGCAGAGGAGCUUCUGGAGUGGAAGCGACGUUUAGAUGCAGAGGAAGCAGAAAUUCGUCAAAUGGAAAAACAAGCUUUGGCUGCCUGGGACAAAGAAUUAAUAAAACCUAAAACUCCUAAAAAAGAACUGGAGGACCAGAGAACAGAACAGAAAGAAAUAACAAGUGAAGCAGAAUCUCCAAUACCUUCCUACUCUCAUCUACACAGUGAAAGCUCUGUUCCCGAAGAAUUGGGCAGCCCUGCUGUUGAGUAUAUACCAUCUGAGUCUUUAGUUCAGGAGCGGCCAGGGAGUCCAGAUCAUAGUGUACUUACUGAAGAAAUGGUUUUUUCGCAAGAACUGGAGUCCUCUACCUCUCCUAGUAAACAUUCACCUCCCAAAAGCUGCACAUCUGUGUCAAAGCAGGAGUCUAGCAAAGGAAGUCAUAGGACGGGAGGGCAGUGUCGUCUACCUGUCAAGUCCCAUCAACACUGUUAUAGUUGGUCAGACGAGUCAUUAUCAAUGACGCAGUCAGAAACUACAUCUGACCAAAGUGACAUUGAAGGUAGGAUUAGAGCCCUGAAGGAUGAGCUGCGGAAAAGAAAAUCAGUUGUGGACCAGCUGAAGAAGGAACAGAAAAAAAGGCAAAAGGAAAGGCUGAAAGCCCAAGAAGCCAGUCUGAUCAAACAGUUAGAGUCAUAUGAUGAAUUCAUUAAGAAAACCGAAGCCGAGCUUAGCCGCGAUUUGGAAACAUCACCAACAGCCAAGCCUCUGAUUAAAACACUCUCCUCAGCUUCUGAAAAACCCAAGAUCAAGCCCCUUCCACUACACAGAUCUGAAACAGCAAAGAAUUGGAAAUCACUAACAGAGUCAGAACGUUCCAGAGGAUCCCUGGAAUCUAUUGCUGAAUGUGGUGAUGCUUCACUGGCAGAUUCUGAUAGAUCAAUAUCAGAAAGGUCUUUAUCUGCAUGUGCAAAGAGAGUGACUGAAUUGGACAGUCGAACAGAAGAACAUUUUCAGACUUCAUCUCCAGUUCUCAGAUCAUCAAGGAAAGCCAGAGCAGGAUCUGGAGAUUCUCUAGAAAAUGUACCUUCAUUACCUCUUCUGAAAGAAUUAAAUGCCACUAAUAGAAUUCUGGAUGUGUUAGAUGCCAAGAUUGAAGAAGAAUCUAGUCCAAAAUCAGAAAUACAAGAAGUAAAAUACACAAAAUUGGAUCAGAGUGUGAUUGAAGAUUCCUAUUCUAAACAAUCUAGGAAGUCUGAUGUCUUAAUGAAGCUAGACCUGGAACAUGGAGAUUCAUCUGAAAUUCUUUCAAGGAAAGAUCUUCCUUUAGAUUCUACAAAUUUUCAGAAAGAGUUUGUUAGAUUAGCCAUUGAAAAUCUUCGUAAAAAAGAGUUGAAAGAGAGACAGUCAGAUCAAGAUAUGGAUCAUAGUCCAAACAGCCAAUCAGAAAAAGACCUUCAUCAACAAAAGAACAUAAAGGAAAGGAACUCCUCUUUGUCAGAACAUCUGUUUGCUCCUAAAGAGAUAACAUACUCUGAAGACUUUGAAGUGUCUUCUUUCAAGAAAGACAUUUCAGCUGAAUUGUACAAAGAUGACUUUGAGGUAUCAUCUUUGUUGUCACUCAGGAAAGAUUCUCAGUCUUGCAGAGAUAAGUCACAGCCAACAAGGAGCUCUAGAAGUAGAGCCACUAGCUUUGGUAGUGAUGAUGAUAUCAGUGAGUGCCUCAGUGAGAAAAGCCUCUCUAUCUGUAGCAACGUCCACUCUGAAAGGCUGUUAGAACUUAGGUCUCCUACUGAGCUUAUGAAAAGUAAGGAGCGCAGUGACGUAGAGCACGGGCUGGGAGUUCCCGAAUCCCCUUCCUUGGCUUCAGUUUCUGUUACGGAUGAAUUACGUGAUUUCCACAUUGGUGAUAGGGUGUUAAUUGGCAAUGUUCAGCCAGGAACUCUUCGAUUCAAAGGUGUGACUAGUUUUGCUAAAGGAUUUUGGGCCGGAGUGGAGUUGGAUAAACCUGAAGGAAAUAACAAUGGAACAUAUGAUGGCAUUGUAUACUUUGUGUGCAAAGAGAAGCAUGGUAUUUUUGCUCCUCCUCAAAAAAUAUCUCACAUUCCAGAAAACUUUGAUGACUAUGUAGACAUAAAUGAAGAUGAAGGCUCUUACUCAGAUGAACAAUAUCAAUACUAUAAUCAAGAACAAAAAGAUACAGAGAAUUCUAAGUUUGAUAAAGAAAAGGAUGCAAUUGAAUAUUUUUAUGAGAAAUCUCUACCUGGUAUGCACGAUACAGAAGCCUCAGUUGAUAGAAGCCUUAAAAUAGAAACAGACAAUAUCCAGGAUAUUUCUGGAGUACUUGAAGCCCGUGUUCACCAGCAAUCUGAAGUGGAUUUACUGAUUUCUUCAAAGGAAAAUAAAGACCUUGUUUCUAGUGCCACAGAAAAGGUUUCCAUUGCUAUAGAAGAUGAUACUUUAGACAAUACAUUUUCUGAAGAAUUGAAAAAGCAACAGCAGUUUACAGAAAAGGAAGAGAACCUAUAUCCUGAGAUUUCAGAAAAACUCUCUACCCCACUUCUGGACCUUUUAGCAAGAGAAAAGAAGCAAUUGGAAGCCCAACUGAGGUCAUCACUAAGUGAGGAAAAAAAGUCAAAGCAACAGCUAGAGACAGUCAGCUUACUGACAGACAGUUUACUAAAAGUCUUUGUGAAGGACACAGUCAGUCAACUACAACAAAUCAAGAAAGCUAGGAAUGAGAAAAUCCAGCUUAGCAAUCAAGAACUUCUUGAUGAUGAUCAAAAGAAAGUACCACCCCAAGGCCUAUCCCAAAAUCUUGAGGAACAAUCACCAAGUGUUCCAGAUUGCUUCUUAAGGUCAGAAUUGGAAGAUGAAAAAGAAGAGAUAUCCUCACCAGAUAUGUGUCCCAGACCUGAGAGUCCAGUAUUUGGUGCCAGUGGGCAGGAAGAGCUUGCUAAGAGACUUGCUGAACUUGAGAUCAGCCGGGAGUUCCUGAGCGUGUUAGGAGAUGAUCAAGACUGGUUUGAUGAAGACUUUGGUUUGAGUUCUUCUCACAAGAUCCAAAAAAAUAAGGCAGAAGAAACAAUUGUACCUCUAAUGGCAGAACCUAAAAGAGCUCCCCAAAAACCAUGUGAAACAUUAUUGGCAGUCCCACAUACUGCAGAGGAAGUAGAAAUUCUUGUACAUAAUGCAGCAGAAGAACUUUGGAAAUGGAAAGAAUUAGGUCAUGAUCUUCAUAGCAUCAGUAUUCCUACAAAAUUGCUUGGCUGUACCAGUAAGGGUCUAGAUAUAGAAAGCACUAGUAAAAGAGUCUACAAACAGGCGGUUUUUGAUUUAACAAAAGAGAUUUUUGAGGAAAUAUUUGCUGAGGACCCCAACUUGAAUCAACCUGUCUGGAUGAAGCCAUGUAGAAUCAACUCUAGUUAUUUCCGACGAGUGAAAAAUCCAGAUAACCUUGAUGAAAUCAAGAACUUCAUAGCAACUGAAGUACUCAAGUUGUUCAGUCUUAAAAAGGAGCCAAACCACAAAACAGAUUGGCAGAAAAUGAUGAAAUUUGGAAGAAAGAAAAGAGACCGAGUGGAUCAUAUCCUGGUACAGGAGCUCCACGAGGAGGAGGCACAGUGGGUAAACUAUGAUGAGGAUGAGUUGUGUGUGAAGAUGCAGCUGGCUGAUGGGAUCUUUGAGACCUUGAUCAGAGAUACUAUUGAUGUUCUGAAUCAGAUCAGUGAAAAACAGGGGAGAAUGCUACUUGUGUGACAUCUUGCAAAUAAAUCGAACACUGAGUGCUAACAUGAGUCCUGGGCCUUUCUGCCUCCUGAUACACACCCCAUCUCCGUCAUAGCAAGAGUGCUUCUGGACCUCAUGCCUGUUCCUAAAGACUGCUGGUUUGAAGUACAUGGGACAAUGCGGUAUAUCUGGUAUUACAGCCUUUGCCUUUAGAGACUGUCCACUGGAUUAAUUGGUUAUUUUCAGUGGGCAGGGUUGUACUCCUGUUGUCGACACACAGUAUAAUCCUACACCUUGUAUUAGUAUCUACUGGGUCUCAGAUGAGGGCUGAACACCAGACUUACCUCUUAUCUUAAACUAGGGUAUCACUUCCUUGAGUCUGCGGUCAGGCAGGAGAGGUAUAUAGAUAAAUGCAUCAUACCUUUGUGGAAGUGUAAUCCUGAUCUACACCAUGAAAGUCAUAGAUGGACAUGAUAGUCUCUAAACAGUAUUAAACCCUUCACCACUUCUAAAUAGGCAAGUUUAAUAAUGUGUGCCUAUUUCACAUUCUGAAGUUCAUUUCUUUUUGAAGACCAUUUUCUUCCAUUAUUGCAGUUGAGCAGCACCAAGUGGACUGUCAAGUUAACAGAAAUCAAUGGUAGCCUUGCUUUCUGAGCACCAUCUAAAGAAUUUUAAACCUUUGUAUUAUUUUUAGUUUUCUCUAUAUGGGCAUGAAAACAAAGAAAUGCCCCACUGAAGACUGGGCUCAAAGGACUGAUGCAGGGCUGGCUCUUCUACCCCUUGUCUACCCUGCACUUUUCUUACUCCUUCUGAACCUCUGCCAGCUGCUCCCAGAAUCCCAGAUCCUCAGGACCAUCUCAGGCAUCCAGGCACGGCAAAAGUGGAAAUAAUUCAUUUUGGCCUUCAAACUUUCAACCCCCAUCUUUCCCCCAAGAAGUCAGAGACGCUGUUACUUGAAUGAUUUAGGAAAUGAGUGUGUGCACCAAAGACACAAAGAUAUUGUCUAUUGUUUGUGUGCUUGUUUCGUGCUCUGGAACUUUUUAAUUUAUUUUAAGAUAAAUUAUUAAGUUGAAAAUGUGUGUCCCUAUUCAGAAGUGAAAGAUUCUUCUUGUAAUAGUUAAACUUCUGUCUUGAAGCUUCUAUGGUUCAUAGUCUUUGCACAGGAAACCUGCGGUUUUAACAAACCAUCACACAUAUCGAAGAAGGCAGUUCAAUUCAGUGAAAAGAAGAUGAGCUUUCCCAAGAUCACCUGCAGUAGCAGGAAGGGGAUAAAAUGAUGUAAAGACACUGUAAAAUUCAAUUCUGCCUCUCUUGCAGCAUUGCUUCUCACAACAAUUACCUGUAUCUGAAAAAAAUAUAGACUCCAGCUGCUACAUGAGAGCAUACGUGAUGCUCUCCUGGGACCUCAGUACCUGCCUUCUUGACUGGUUUCUCCUAAUCAGUCCUGUCCUUCUUCAAAUAAUCUAGAAGAAUGUGGAUAAUCUUAGGCGUGAAUGUAAAUGCCUUAAUAUUGAAGGUCCUGAUUAGAAGCAUGAUAUAGACAUCCACUGGAUUCACAUAUAUAAAUAUCCUGGAAUGUUAUAGCUUCAAAAUAUGUUAGAGAAACCCCAAAGAUGGUAUAAUCUUUCAGUGUGCACGUUCGUUCAUUUCUGCAUCUUCCCUCCAAACUUGCCUUUGCGUCUCAACUGUUUCACUAUGCACACUUCCAUUCUUCUUUGGUUUCAUCUUGUCAUUAUGAAAAGCUUACUGAAAUAAUCAUUGGAAUAUUUGCAUUUUGCACAAUGACUGGUAUGAUAGCUCUUGACAAAUAAGGAAAGCACUGAAAUGUUGUGAUUGGGUCUCGGGAAAUGCUCACAUUGAUGUGUUGCCAGCAUUUCUUCUGGGCUUUUGGUGUUGAGCUCUAGUCUUGUAGCCAUAAUGAGCAAAUGGACUAAGAGAAGCUAGGGUUUCUUGGGGUUCUUAACCGGUAGCGUGGAGAUAGUAUUUUCAUGUGGCCAAGGAAAAGCAAAGGCUUUUCUUUUCAGUUUGUAUUAUUUGGAAGACAGAAAAAUAUCUUGUCGACAUCCUUUGGCUGUUUGUAGGAUUACGUUGUCCUUAUGAUACUGAAACUUUACAGCUGCUGUAAAUUUUUUAUAAAUGAAUAUGAAAAUAAUAUAAUAGGAAUAUAGGUUGUUUUUCUACAUCCUUAUUAUUUGGACCUAAACCAAUUUUUAAUAAGAAAGUUUAUCUUUACUCUUUAUGACAUUUUGAUUCCAGAAAAGGAAAAAAGAUUAUAUAAAUCUGUGGAAUCAGCAAUCUGGACUUCGAGUUCCCUGGUAAGAAUGCUGCCAGGAAUGUAGCAGUGGCUGUCCUGACAUUCUCCCGCUGUCUUUACUAUCUUGAGAGUCCUGGGUUCCAGAGAGACAGGAAUACAUCACUCUUACUCCUUGCUAGAAAUGGUCGUCCAUAGUUUGAUAGCAGAAAACAAAGAAAUCUAUAAUUAGCAGAUUUUUAUUAUUUUAACUACUUGGAUAUAAUUGAAAAAAGGUUUAUUGUUAGGAUUAGGAAUGAUAAAUAUGGAUACCCAGCCACUCGUUCCAUGUUGAGAUCUUUAAUCAAGCUCUGCCUCUUAAGAAUCUAAAUAUCCCUCUUUCUGAUCUUUGUUCCUUCUCCCCACACCCCCAUCCUCUUUCACUCUUUCUUCAUAAUUCCUCUAAGAAAAAGAUCUUUGCAUCAGCAGUAAUAUCUUUUAGAAUAGCACUAUCAGAAUUUAGUAGUAAACCAACAUAUAGGCUUCAGAUUUAUUUCUGAGUCCAAAAUAAUUUGUGCUAUCCAGGGUCCUUAACUCUGGGUUAAAUAAGUACAGGGUAUAGACUCCCUCUUCAGGUCUAAACAGGAAUUUUUACUCUAGGGAAAAGUGGGAAGAGCUUAAAAGUAGUUAGUUAGGAAGGUAAUUCGUUUUUCUUUUACCUAAAAGAAAAGAAAAUUCCUUCUGUGACUACAGGUCUCUGAGAAAUUAUCUUUCAAAAGAGAUUUCAUUGCUCAUAAGAGUGUUGUGGCCUAUUGAUAAAAACAAUUUUGUUCACUUUCUUGUCUUGAAAAAAGUGGCCUUAGCUUUUUGCAAUACUUGAAUAAAGUGUGUACUCGCACAGCAUUAGAGACUCGUAACUUUUCUGCAAGAAGUUCAAACUUACAUCUUCUUUUACUACCUUAAGAAUACUAGUGAAUAAAAUAUUAAUUCAAAGAGCAAAUGAUAGAAACUACAAUGAUGUUUAAUGCAAAUUGUAGGAAUUUACAUGUUUACAAAUCAUCUUAAACUGGUUGUGCAGCAACUCAAUAAAAUAUCUUUGUAUUAUAAAAAUGUGAAGAGAAACGUAAACUGAUGUAAAGGCGGUACUGUCAUUCUAAUUAACCUAUGUUUAAUAGCUUUUCCUUCCGGACUUUGCAAAGCCUUCUCGGGAAACAUGGCAAAGCGUUCUCUGGGAGGCCCAGCCUCCGUGUGUGUACUGUAUUGUGCAGACAUGAAAAAACAAACCCGUUUACUGUGUAUGUGUAAAUAGCCUGGUCAUCAGGCCAUUUUCAGCCAAUAGUCACAUCCAGUGCAACUUUGCACAGAAGACUUAGGGUGUGGUUUGUAAGUAUGAUCUGUAAAAUAACUGGGAUGAAUUCCCAUGUAUACCUGUGUAAAUAGAUUUGUUAACUGAAAUGUACUUUAAGAAAAAAUAAAAUCUGUAAAUAAACUGAUUUAUAAAUUAA